UGCUUUUGAGAAACACAAGCUGGUGGAGCCCUCCAAGAAGCUCCAGGUGAACAUCUGCUAUUGUCAUGAUGAGGUGAUGAAGAUGUUCUGCCGUACUGAUCAGCAGUGUAUCUGUUAUCUCUGCUCUGUGGAUGAACAUCAAGGCCACGACACAGUCUCAGCUGCAGCAGAAAGGACUGAGAGGCAGAAAGAGCUCGAGGGGAGUCGAGAACACAUCCAGCAGAGAAUCCAGGACCGAGAGAAAGAUGUGAAGCUGCUUCAACAGGAGGUGGAGGCCAUCAAUCACUCUGCUGAUAAAGUAGUGGAGGACAGCGAGAAGGUCUUCACUGAGCUGAUCCGUCUCAUGGAGAAAAGAAUCUCUGAUGUGGAGCAGAUGGUCCGAGUUCAGCAGAAAAGUGAAGUGAGUCGAGUCAAAGAGCUUCAGGAGAAGCUGGAGCAGGAGAUCACUGAGCUGAAGAGGAAAGACGCUGAGAUGAAGAAGCUCUCAGACACAGAGGAUCACAACCAGUUUCUCCACAACUACUCCUCACUGUCACCACUCAGUGAAUCUACAUCCAGCAUCAAUAUCCGUCCUCUGCUCUACUUUGAGGAUGUGACAGCGGCCGUGUCAGAAGUCAGAGAUAAACUACAGGAGCUUCUAAAUGAGAAAUGGACAAACAUCUCACUGACUGUGACUGAAGUGGAGGUUUUACUGUCACAACCAGAGCCCAAGACCAGAGAUGACUUCCUUAAAUAUUCAUGUGGAAUCACACUGGAUCCAAACACAGCACACACACGGCUGUUAUUAUCUGAGGGGAACAGAAGAGCAACAGUAAUGGAAGAACAACAGUCUUAUUCUCAUCACCCAGACAGAUUCAAGGACUGGUGUCAGGUCCUGAGUAAAGAAAGUCUGACUGGACGUUGUUACUGGGAGGUGGAGUGGAGAAGGAAUACAGUUACUGUAGCAGUCGCAUACAAGAACAUCAGCAGAAAAGCUGCAUUUGGAAGCAAUGAUGAAUCUUGGGCGUUAGUUUGCAACAAAAACGGUUCUGAUUUUUUGUGCAACAAAGUCUUGACUACCACCUCAGAUUAUCUGUCCUCCAGAGUAGGAGUGUACCUGGAUCACAGGGCAGGUACUCUGUCCUUCUACAGCGUCUCUGAUGACAACAUGACUCUCCUCCUCAGAGUCCAGACCAUGUUCACUCAGCCCCUCUACGCUGGACUUGGGUUUUCAGUUCAUGGAGACACUGCAGAGUUCUGUAAACUGAAAAAUACAUGAAUUAUUUAAGAGUUAAACUCUGUUUUAACUCUAAUCUAUAUUUGUCUCCAUGUUUGUUGCUGAGAGCUGGUUGUUGGGGCAUUUCUUCACUGCAGAGAUCAGCUGUCAAUCAAACAUUAUGGGAUGUCCUUUGACGUCUUUUCAUUAGUUGCUGUGUAAAUGUUUGAGCUCCUUCCUGUGUCUCUCCUUCCUGUGUCUGUUUAACCAUGGAGGCGAUCACUGAUGCUUGUUGACCUGAACUGACCUCCGAACUACUCUGUGCUCUAAAUGUUUGAUUCAUAUUUGCAUUGAUGCAUUUGUAGAGUUCUUUUAUUGUUAUU